AACAAAGAAAAUAUUUCCUCCAAUUGGGAUGACAACAAGGUAUACAAAUAUUUUAGUAAUUCGGCCAAAAAUGAAUAUAAUUAUCGCCAAAGAUCUCGUCGUAUGCCAGCCAAUAUAGAUUUUCCCAAAAUCGAAAAAGAAUGUUUUCAUUUGAGUGAGAAAAUAUGUCCGAUAUGUGACCAGCCGUUGAGGGAAUAUCAACAUCAUUUUUGUCUACGCUGUCAAAGUCGCAUGACACUGCCAAUAAAUGAGACGGAGGCGGCGGAUACGUCCACAGCAUCAUCCUACAACAGUCAUGUGGAUCGAAAUAUAAUAUUGGUUUGCAAUAAUUGUGAACGUUUGUAUACCCUAUGUCCAAGUUGUUUAGAUAAAACCGAUACAUGUCGUGCUUGCCAGAAUACCCGUAAUGUUUGUAUGCAUUGUCGCAAGAAUCUGUGUGCAUUUUGUUUAGAAGAAAUAUCAACAAAUAAAAAUAUCGAAAAUGAACACGUAAAUGAUCGAGUGGAUAAUGUGAUGAAAACUCCACUACAAAUUGUCACGAAUGAUGAAAUGGAACCAAGUGAUGAUAAUAAAUGUUCACAAACCGGUAACAAUUUAAAUCCAAAUGUGAAAGACCAUCAACCAACACAUGUUCGAGAAUUUGUUUCAUUUGGAUCGGAUCACAAUAUACCCACCAGCACCACUAAUAACAAUAAUAUAAAUAAUGAUGAUAUUGAAAAACCAUAUGCAAAGAACGUAAAUAAUCUACAUAAACCCGAACACAACACUGACAUUUUUAUCGAAAGUGAAGAAAAUAUUGAACGAUUACGUCGACAAACGGAUAAACGUUUAAUGGGCUAUUUUAAAAAUUAUGGCGAACUUGCAUCCAAAUCGCGUGGAACUCAGACUACCCCAAUGACAACUGCUCGCCGGGAUAUUGUCCUAAGGGGUGGUAAUAAUUUCUCAAUACCAAUUUUGUGUGACAUGCCGAAGAUGACACGAAGAGAAACAACCACAACCAAACGUGAUAAACAAAUAUCAAAUGAAUUGGAAAACUUGAAAUAUCGAUGGGAUAUUCCUGCAGUACAGAAAUUCACAAUAUCAGCCACAUCUCCAAAGGUUGUUACCCAAGUUGGUGCCAUACGAAAACAAUUACAAACCGAAAAUUUACUUUUUAAUGAUGGAGACUGA